AUGGCUUCAAACACUCUCUUCCUCACCAUCCUCACAAUAAUCCUCAACUUCAUCUUCAUUUCCCAUGCUUUUGAUCCAAGACCACUCCAAGACUUCUGUGUUGCAGACACCAAAAGCUCGGUCAGAUUCGGGUCGGGUUUCCCGUGCAAGGACCCAGCCUUGGUCAAAGCCGAUGACUUCCUCCUUCGUGGGCUACACCUCCCGGGCAACACGUCCAACCCGUUGAGGGCAGCCCUGACUCCAGUCAGUGUGGCUACCCUCCCGGGCCUCAACACAUUGGGCCUUACCCUGGCCCGACUCGACCUGGCCCCACAAGGGUUCAUACCGCCACAUUACCACCCGCGGGCCACCGAGGCCAUCACGGUUCUCGAGGGCAGCAUUGAGGUCGGGUUCGUGAGCUCAGCUCCUUCUUACGUACACUACAGCAAGAACCUCGAAAAGGGUGACGUGUUCAUAAUCCCAGUCGGGCUUCUUCACUACUUUCGCAAUGCGGGGCAAAACAACACAGUUUUGUUGGCCGUGGUCAAUAGCCAGAAUGCGGGUAUUGUACCAUUUACCAAUGGUAUUUUUGCAGCCAAGCCGCCAAUCGACAGUGAGUAUUUGGGCAAGGCGUACCAGCUGGAUGAGAAGACUAUCCAGCGACUACAAGCCUCUUUCUAG